AGACACAAAAUCGAGGUAACGAAGUCGGUUGGAGGAUUCGUCGACGGCUUUUACAUGCCCCCAUUGUUUAUUCGGGUUUUCACAUCGAUGAUGUAACAGUGGCGGGAGCCCCUGAGUCGACCUGCGACCUUCAACGAUCCAAAAUAAAUCAAACAACUCAAUGCACUCAUCAGGUGAUGAUGUGCUACUGGGAUAAACGGUUUCGGUGAGUCGAGAAAUUAAAACGAAUAUUUUUGGAAUUUUUUUUUUGUGAUAAUGGACAGAGACAAUUCACACUGGUCAUUGAGAGGUGGUAGAGGUUUUCGGACAGUAGACUAUUGAGUGUGAAGUGUCUGGUGAAGUGUUGAGUGUUUUUUUUAUUUAUUAAAAUUGUCGAAAUGUGGCGAUUUUGUUUAUUGUUGAUGGCAGAGAAAAUACGAUUCAACUCCCAAAAUCGAUUUUCAAGUAAAAAAUUUUAAGUGUUCAACGUCAAGUGUCGGAAAGGUCAAGGACACAGUGCGUGGAUAUUUUUUAGUGUGUUAGUGUUGUGUUGUGUUAUCGAAGGAGUUCAGGCGAGUUCGGAGGCGUGAGGACAUUGGAGACGGCCGGCAGACUGUUGGAGAGGUCAUAGAGGAGCUGUUGUUUUUAUUCAACCUCGCUCUGGCUCAUCGAGUGCCUCGAGCACCGGUACAGGGUCGUCGUCCGGUGGUGGCCCAGGAACCGGAAACAAUGGGGGCAGCAGAAUGGCCGUCAUCGGUGUUACAAGGAACGUUCGUUUGAGACGUCGCGGUGCUUCCGGUUUUGGUUUCUCAUUGAGGGGCGGACGAGAGUAUGCGGCUGGUUUUUACGUCAGCGAUGUCCAGCCGGGCGGUGAAGCGCACAGAGCCGGCCUCAGGGUUGGUGAUCAGAUAAUCAGAGUUAACGGAUAUCCUGUGGAGGAUGCUGUUCACCAGGAGGUUGCGUUGCUUGCGAAGAAUCAACAAGUUCUUGUUCUCAAAAUUCGAAGCGUUGGCAUGAUUCCAGUUAAAGAUAAUCCAAAUGAUCCAGUAACCUGGCACAUGGUUCAGGGCCAACAGCAGCAAAUUCAGUACAAUGAGCCUGCAGCUCCGACAAUUCCAUACAAUGAAGUACGAAUUCGUGUUAUGGUUGGGGAGAAGGGGCGUUUGGGAUGCGGUGUAUGCAAAGGAAUUGUGCCGGGACUCACAGUCCAGGGGACACGAGAAGGUGGCCCAGCUCGUGCAGCAGGUCUCAAAGCUGGUGACGUUAUAGUCUGGUGCAAUGGACAACGACUGACAGAUUUGCCAUUUGAAAGAGCAAUCGAGGUGAUGCGCGGUGCAGCAAUUCUCGAUCUAGUUGUCAAUCGGCCAAUUCCAGCUAACAACGGCCUCUACGAUUGUCCAGAGACCCUCUGGAUGCGUGGCUCAAGUGGCUAUGACUCAGAAUCAUCGAGUAUUGGCCCAGUAAGUCCACCAUCACACGGUAAUCCAUCAUCACCGCAACAUCAACUUGGUGGUACUCAGCGUUACGCAGAGACCAGAAAUGGAAGAGCCUGCUGUCCACUGGCCUUGUCAACAAGCAGUUGCUCGUCCUCGGAGUGGAGUCAACCGUGUGAUCAGGGUCAAGACUGGACACGAAAGCCCAACAACACUACGGUCAUACGAGUCAAUCAAAAUGUCAAUCAGAAUACAAAUCAGUAUCGGUCAAAUAUUGGUGUUAAUUAUUCAACGCAUCCGGCUUGUCAUGGAAAUUAUGGAAUAACUGAUCCAGGAAAUGAACCACUUUAUGAUCCAGUGACACCGAGAGAGUACGAAAGCCAUGAUUUUGAUGCCAAUCCACUUGAUGAGAGGAAUAGGAGGCUUAUGUAUGAGAAAGAAAAUAUUGUACUUUAUGAUCCACCCGGAGAUGAUAGAAUCACGUACAGUGCGAAGGAUAAUGGAUUCUCUCCGAAUUUGAAUGCACCGAGGGCUCCUGAUUUCGACCGGAAGACUGUAACAACUGUCGAGGUGCAUCAGUCAUCAGGGCCACCUGCACCACCAUGUCCACCACCGAUGUCUUACAAAUGGCAAACAGUGGACACAAAACCAAUGAUGGGAAUGAACAAACAAAUGGGUAGUACGAUGUCAAUGGGCUCAACAGGUUCAACCGAAACAGAAUCGAGUCUAGAAUCCUGUGGAAAGGAUUCAGCCUCGACUUCGUCCUCUCUCUCAACUUCAUCGUGUGAGCCAGCCUCAUCAACAGUCUCGUUUGCCUCAACCAUGACCACCUCAAACGUGCCACCCCCCAUUAAAUCCCCCGAACCCACCCCCAUCCGUCCGCCACCCCCACCUGGACGUACCUGUCCACCUCUAUCCACAACUGACCUUGGAACUGCCAUAGCCCAAGAACUUCAGCGACGAGCUCAACAGAGAGCAGCUAAAGCUGAAGUGAAUGGAGAUAGAGUCGCGUUUGAACCGAAAAAGCAAUCGCCCAAUCCCGAGGCUUUGAAGGCGCAGGAGAGCAAAGUAACGCAUGAUAAGCUGAUGGAAGAAUUCAAACGAGCCCAUCAAAAAAUGUUCAACCAAAAUCAACAGAAGAUCCAAUCACCAGAACAAGACCAAAAAAAGGAGCAGGAAAAGCGAGUGAAUGGAUCAAACGGUGGUUGCCCACCCCCACCACCCCUACCCCUUCCCGGAUCGCCGAUGAAAUCGGUUGAAGAGGCAGUGGAGAUGCAGAGCAUCGAGUCCUUCAAACUGAAAGAAACACCGAGUCCAGUCAUCCCCAAACCACCACCGACAUAUUUCUCAGCCUCUGCCAACAGUUCGCCAACUACAACCCCAACAAACGGCUCUCCACGUCACGCACCAGUUGUGAAACAGUCCCAGCUCAACGGUAAUAAGGAUUCUGUAAAUAAUAAGUGUCAAGUGCCAAUGGAGAAAAAGAAUUUUGUGAAAAUUCAAAAUUCCAAUGGGCCAAUAGCAGCUAAUACUGGGGGUAAAGUUGCGGUCAGAAUUGGAUCGUACGAGGGAGAGACUAAACAGCCGUCCAGACUUGAAUUUUUACCGCAGGGAAGAAGUACAACGGACGGUGGGAAGCCUGUUGAGGAAGUCAAUAAUGGGCCAGUGGUUUCGAGGCUUCAGAAUGAACUCGCUGCAACCCUGCAGAGAUCCAAUCUUAGAAAAAAAACUGAUGAGGAAAUUGCAGCAACUCCACAAUCACUACCCAAACCAUCGAGUCCCGAUGCCGAACGUCCAGUUACACUCCUCCAGAGCAACGUAGAGAAACUAGCAGCAGCAUUAGCCAACAGAGUAACAAUCAAAGUCAGCCCUGAGAAUGGCUCACGAUAAGGCGCUUAUUAUCAUUGCUCAAACAAUCAGCGAGACAGUCAACACCGAUAAAAUUAAGUAAUUUAAGAGUUUUAUACUCAAACUUUUACUAUAUCUCCAUGAUUUACUAGAGGAUAAAUAAUCAAUGUGGUACACUGAGAAGAAAAAAAAGUCUUUUAAGAAAUGUUUUUAUUUUUAUUAAGAAACUCGUGGCUUGAAAACUCUCUAGAACAUUCGUCUUUAUUUUAUUCAUUCAAUUAAUUAAAUUUAAUUUAAUAUCCAGAUAAAGUGAAAUUGUGAUUUUUAAAUGAUUCGUUUGCAAAUGAAAUGUAAAAUUUGUGGACUUAAUUUGUUUUUUCUUACUGCGAUUUUUAAGCCAGGAAUUUCUUGAUAUACGUAAAACGUUCCUUUUGAAUUUUUUUUUCUGGUUCCAGUGUGAGCUAGCCACUCAGAGAGCUUUCGAAAUCGAAAAUAUCUGCAACAUUUAGAGAUGAAAAAUCUUUUACAAGCGGAAAGUAUAGUCAUAGAGAUUCAGAUGAUGGCUGAAUUUUUUUUUUU